GUUCCUUUUUAAGUGAAUGAGCUUUUGUCUUUUUAACAGCAGCAGGAGGAAGAGAGAAAGCGCUGAUGACCCCAAACUUGUUGUUAUGGAGGCGGCGGUGGUGGAAGGGAUGUUAGAAUGCAGGCGGUGACAGUGAUUAUGGCAGUCGUGGCGCCAGCGUUACCAAUGACGUGACCAUCUUAGGAUUCCCGCUCAUAAAAAGAAAAGUUUGUGGUGUUGAUUGAACUGUGGGUCCCUAAGAUUGUUGGGAUGCAUCUGAGCUGAUUCAGUUCUGGCUUUGAUUAGAACCGGUUGGCUUUGAGUUGACCUCCACAUUUUUUUUUCUUCAUCUUGGAAUCUCAAGUUUUAAGCUUUUCCGGUCGAUGAUUCAGUUGAAUAUUGAGAAAUUGGAUUUGAUGUGCUUAUAAGAAGAUGUCACUGAAGGGUAUUAUGCGGGAGUUAAAGGAACUGAAAGAUGGGAUUGGGAACAUGUCAAAGAGGGGAGAUCAAAGCAAGCUGUGGCGUAGCCGGACUAGAUCCCAUGUUGCUCCUGAUGAAGCACCAUUGGAAUCUCAACUCUCAGAACAAAGCCCCUGGGCCAAUCUACCACCUGAAUUGCUAUUGGAUAUCAUCCAGAGGGUCGAAGAGAGCGAGACAGCUUGGCCUGCUCGAGCUGUCGUUGUAUUUUGUGCUGCAGUUUGUAGGUCUUGGAGGGAAAUUACAAAGGAGAUUGUGAAGACUCCAGAGCAGUGUGGACGACUCACAUUUCCUAUCUCAUUGAAGCAGCCGGGUCCUCGUGAGUCUCCAAUUCAGUGCUAUAUUAGAAGGGACAGAACAAGUUCUACAUAUCUUUUGUUCUAUGGUCUGGUGCCUUCUGAGGGAGAGAGUGAUAAAUUGUUGUUGGCAGCAAGAAAGGUUAGAAGGGCAACAUGCACAGACUUUGUUAUAUCUUUGGUUGCAGAUGAUUUUUCUAGGGCGAGCAAUACGUAUGUUGGUAAACUAAGGUCAAAUUUUUUGGGUACCAAGUUCACUGUAUGUGACAGUCAACCUCCAUGUGGCUCAAUGAUCCAAUCUGCUGCUCGACUGAGUCGUAGAUUCCACUCUAAGCAGGUGUCUCCAAGAUUACCUGCAUGCAACUAUAGCAUUGGUACAGUUACUUAUGAGCUCAAUGUUCUCCGGACACGAGGACCAAGGAGAAUGCAUUGCAUUUUGCACUCAAUUCCUGUAUCUGCUAUUCAAGAAGGAGGCACUGCUCCAACACCAUCAGCUCUCCCCCAAUCCUUAGAUGAGCAACUUUCUCCCUUGCAUAGUUCAAAAGGAAAGGAGCUGAUUGUAGACACCAUCUCCCCAAGCAUCCUAGCCACACCAGUAUUCUCCCCAGGCUCACGAGAACCAUUAGCCCUUAAAAACAAGGCUCCUAGAUGGCAUGAACAGUUACAGUGCUGGUGCCUUAACUUCAAGGGGCGUGUGACGGUGGCCUCUGUUAAGAAUUUCCAGCUGGUCGCAGCUGUUGAGCCAUCACAUAAUGUAUCACCUGAAGAGCAAGAGAAGGUAAUCUUACAGUUUGGUAAAAUCGGCAAAGACAUCUUCACAAUGGAUUAUCGAUACCCUCUAUCUGCUUUUCAAGCCUUUGCAAUCAGCCUAAGCUGCUUUGACACCAAACCAGCUUGUGAAUGAUCACCACAGGUUGGGAAUCUGCAUCAUUGAUGUUGCCAUAGAUUAUCAAGUACCCCUCUUUCAAUGCCAUCGCAAUCUACAAAGUAGCUUUACGCGAGCUGGCAUAUGGAUGCCAGUAUCUCGGUAGGAGAUAAAUAUCUUUCUCCUCUAGAUUGCUUCCUGUAUUUUAGUACUGUAUUUAUGGUUGUAAUGGAAGCUUUUCUUGUUUGGUCUUUACUGGCUGGCUGAUGUAAGUUGUCUAGUGCAUGGCUUUUCUGAUCAUGCAAUCUGACUUGUAUGUUGUUGGAUUAUCUUAGAAUCAAAGUAAAUUAACAGCAGAUUGCCUA